AUGAUUGAUAGAAAUAUCCAGAUAGUGGACAGAAAAGUGGUUGUGGAGCUUGGCGGUGACCCCAGCGAUUACACAACUGAGGAUUAUGCGAAACUUGUGUGCCGGCACUCCAAAACGGCCAAGACUAUCGCACCGGUCAACAACACUCUGGCCUCCAAUCUUCUUCUCAGCAUGGCCGAUGCAUCGCAUGCUGAUCUCUAUACUUCGGUAGGGAUUUGUGGUGAGAAUGAAAGCGCCCGAUAUUUCCAGAGGCUUGACAACUGGCUUUUGCAAUUGAUCAAAGCCCGGGAGCUACCGCACAACUGGCAGUUGCUUGAAGUACCAGUUCGUUGGUCACGUCGCCGCAUUCGCUCACAAGAUGCUGAGUCGGAUGAAGAUCCCGACGAGUGGUCUGAACCGGAUUUGGAUAAUCAGUAUUGGGAAAAGUGCAAUUAUGAGCACACUAGACGAGUCGCCAGGAGGAGACAAAGAGAUAUUGUUGAUGACUGGGUUACUGUGGCUUUGAGUGAUCUGAAGGAGGAGCGAGAUUAUCUUGACGAGUACAGCAUGACGGGAUUCUUUCCCAAGAGCAUCGCCAAGUUGGAAAUGAUCUGUAGAGAAAUAAGCACGGGUCUUUGGUUUCACUAUCUAUCGGGCAUAUCAAGAUUUAAUGGCAAAUUAGACUGUGGGAGUCUUCAAUCCAUGGCAAACACAUCAAUUCUCUCUAGAAUCGGUUCAAUCUCGAAUUAA